GUUGCCCGUCGCCACUUGCAAGAAUCCCGAGUCUCGAUAUCCCGACGAUGCAGCUCCACCGCCUCGCAGCAGGCACGGCCUCCGUGGCCGCCGCCGUCGUCUCGGCCCAGAAGACGGCCGGCGAUCUCAGCGUGCUCACCAUGAACGUCGCCGGCCUGCCCGCGAUCCUCCAAGGCAACGAUGUUCCCGGCGACAAGACGACAAACUCGCGCCUGAUUGGUAGCCUCUUCGCCCAGUAUGACUUUGACAUUAUCAACAUGCAGGAGGACUUCAACUACCACGCCUCCAUCUAUGAGACGGACGACCACCCGUUCCGCACCGCGACCUCGGGCGGCGUGCCAUUCGGCUCCGGGCUCAACACCGUCUCCAACUAUGACUGGGUCGAGUUCAACCGUGUCAAGUGGGCCACGUGCUCCAAUAGCGAGAGCAACGACUGCCUGACGCCUAAGGGCUUCACUUUCAUGCGUGUCGCCCUCGACACGUCCCCCACGACGUCCGUCUACGUCGACGUCUACAACCUGCACGCGGACGCCGGCACCUCGGACGCCGACCUCGUCGCCCGCAGCGCCAACAUCCGCCAGGUGGCCGACUACGCCGCGACCUGGAGCGUUGGCAACGCCGUCAUCAUCUUUGGCGACACCAACAGCCGCUACAGCCGGCCCCUAGACGUCGCCGUCCGCGAGCUCAUCGCCAGCGGCUUCAAGGACGCCUGGGUCGAGUUUGAGCGCGGCGGCGUCGUCCCGACCGCCGAGACCCUGUGCAGCAACCCCAGCACCACCGACGCCUGCGAGACGGUUGACAAGGUCUUCUACCGCUCCAGCCCCCUUGUCACCCUCACCGGCGAGGGCUUCAAGUACGCCAGCAGCCGCUUCCUCCAGCCCGACGGCAACAUCCUCAGCGACCACAACCCCGUCAACGUCAACUUUACAUGGGCCGCCGGAGCCUCCCUGCGCCAGUCGGGCCUCCGCGGUGGUCCCCACGGCGACUGGUUCAACGACGCUCCCGCGCUCGCCGCCAAGACGACCAAGCCCAAGGCCUCCGUCCUGACCUUCCGCGGCGACAGCAGGCUCGACUCGGUCAGCAUCCAGCUCGCCGACGGCACCGUCCUCUCGCACGGCGGCAGCGGCGGCACCGCCAGCUCCCUCACCCUCGGCGCUGCCGAGUACUGGACCGCCGCGACCCUGUGCCAGGCCCAGCGCAACGGCCACACCCGCAACUUCUACAUCUCGGCCACGACGAGCACGGGCCGCACGCUCAAGUCCGGCACCACCACGGGCGACUGCGGCACGUUCACGGCUCCUGCGGGCUGGCAGAUCGUCGGCUUCCUCGGCCGCGACGGCGAUGAGAUGGACCAGCUGGGUUUCAUCUAUUCACCCCAGUAAAUAGUGGACAGACCUCGCUACUAAUAAAUAAUCGCUUUCAUUGAUC